AAUUGGGCUGACCGCUCAGUAAGCAUUGUAAGAAUAGUUCCUCCAUAUUCACUAUAUAAAUAUCAAACCCUAACCACCCUCAUUGACAUAUCAAACUACGCUCCUGCUCAAUUCGGAAAUCUGUCGCAGAUUCCAUCGUCAAUGGAUCCUCCACCAGAACCAGUUAGCUACAUCUGUGGAGAUUGUGGACAGGAAAACACGCUGAAGCCUGGUGAUGUGAUUCAAUGCCGAGAGUGCGGUUAUCGCAUCUUGUACAAGAAGCGAACCCGUAGAAUUGUUCAGUAUGAAGCACGCUGAAGAAAGGAGGGAAGGUCUCCAUAGAAGUUGAUAUGGAUUAGCUAUUAAACAUGUCUAUUACUACCAGUGUGUGGUGAUUAAUUUUCCGUUGGAUUACAUGUAUGGUCACAAUUGCUAAUCGAUCAAGUAAUAUGACUUUGUGUUACGAGUAUCUCGGGUGUGGUUGCGUUACGAGUUAUGCUAGGACACCAAAAGAACCUCUAAAAAAACCAGUCUGGUACUAGUCGUGUUUGCAGAUAAUAUGAUGAUGUCUUCUCUAUUGUGGUAAAUGGGAUGUGUGUUUGGUAUGGACUUAUUGUUCUCGACCUUUCUUCACUACAUUCAUGGUUUGGAAACGUGUUAAUACUCACAGGAAAGCUGAUUCAUAUUGUUAACUUCCAAGGGACUUAAAAGAAACUAUCUUGUUUUGAUUA